UAUUCGACUAUAGCGACAUGCUCCAAAAGCGUGUCUGCUCAGUGUGCUGUCGGUGCUUUCAUCUUUUUCUCACGGUGCUAUAAAACAAAGUGAAGGGAGGGAAUUCAUUUUUGCCGCCUACUUGUGAAAACGAUACGUGAAAACAUUGAAUUCUGGUCUGAUUUUCAUCCAAUCACAGCGCUCCAUUUCUAGCUGAAGAAAAGAAAAUAAUAAUUCUGGUGUUUGACCUCGCGAUUCAAAUUUAUUCUUCGCUAUUGAAGUUGUGAGCUUGCUGAGCUGAGCUAACUUAAAUUAGUAGACUUUAAUAAAUAAUAAGCUAUAAUAAAUCUACAGCUAGAAAGAAAAUAUAUCUUUGAGAAAAUAAAAGGGCCGGCCCCUUUGUAUUGAGUUAUUACGUUGUUAUUAUCAGCAAAUCAGAAAAUAACUGCUUCUCAAAUUACCGAAAAACAGCAUCAUUUGCAAAAAAAGCUCAUUUUCCUUCAUACUCGAAUCGGUUUAUUGUUUUAAGCGUUACCUGUUCUUUUGUAUUCCAUUGUUCGAGAUCUAAAUAAAUUACUUAAUUGAUUGUGAACUUAACAAAAAGUUGAAAAGUUAUUAUAAUUUUUGUGCAAAUUUCGAGUAUUUGUUGGAUUCAAAAUGUUGAAAUUAAUUUUAAGCCCAGUUUUACUUGUUGCGAUGCUGUUCAGUUUUCCACGACCCGUGACGGGGCAACGGAGUUCAUGUAGGCCAGUCGGGGACGUUUUCGCGCCGGAGACAGCCAGUAAAUGCCAGAAAUAUGUCAGCUGGUACGACAUAGCUUUCGCUGAAGAAGGGGACAAAGAUCUAGUGCAACCUAAAGAUUACACCUCAACCAAAUGCAGAGAACUCCUCAAUAUAUUUUUCUGCCUUCAAAGAGCGGGAUCUUGUUACCCGAAAAAUAUGGAGUACACCAACAAAACGAAGCAGACUUUGAGACAUCUCAACCCCUGCAGAAGUUUUUGCACUUACAUGAAGAACGAUUGCGGGUUGGAUUUAAUCAUCCUUUCGUGCGAGCAUUACAAGAACGACGCUCCGCCCGUAACUCGUGAGCAGUUCCAAAAAGGAGAGUUUCUGGACUACAUUUUCGACGAACAAGGAAGGGAGCUUUCGUCCAAUAUGGACAGACAAUGCGUUCCUCACUACAUAUACGACGAAUCUGAAGAAGAGCCGAGAAACUGUCCUUCGAAACUGAAAACGAAAGGCAACAACUACGAUUUCAUGGGCGGCGAGAACUGCGGUGCUCCGUGCAACAAACUUCUAUUUUCAGACUCCAAUCGCGCGUUUCUUCGAAAGUGGACUUUUGGGUGGUCUGUUUUGUGCUUGAUCUCUUGUUUGUUCACGUUCACUACUUACCUGUUGGAUCGAGGACGUUUCAAUUACCCAGAGGUGUCCAUUAUCUACUUCUCAUUUUGUUACAUUUUCAUCUCGCUCUCAUAUAUAACCGGAUUCUUUGCCGGUGACUCGUUUUCAUGUAAUUCUGUGGAUUUGACGAAGAAAUCUGCAAAUGAUGUAAUCAUUACGCAAUCGCUGGACCAUUUUAGCUGCACCAUUUCUUUCGUUGUGCUCUACUACUUCACAAUGGCCAGUGCUCUUUGGUGGGUGGUGUUGUGUUUCACUUGGUACUUAACAGCUGGUCUCAAAUGGUCGCACGAAGCGAUCGCCAGCAAGGCCUUUUUGUUUCAUGCCAUCGUCUGGCUCUUACCUCUCGGGUUGACGGUAGCUGUCCUCGUGUUAAACGGAGUCGAGGGCGAUGACCUCACUGGAACCUGUCUAACUGGAACCAUCUCAACCGACUUGAUGAAGUUCUUCGUCUUCGGACCCCUGCUGCUGUUUCUCGUCACUGGCUUCGCGUUCAUAGUCUUCGGGUUGAUCUCGAUGUGCCGAAUCAGAUCUGUCGUCAAGGUCACUUUCGACUCUAAAUCGGCCGACUCGUUUCAAAAACUGAUGCUGCGAAUCGGUCUUUUCUCGCUGUUUUACAUGGUCCCAAUGUCGAUUGUCGUCGCCUGCUACUACUACGAAAUUGCAUCACGAGCCGAGUGGUUCGGAACAUGGUUCCGACUAUCGAGUGACGAACCAGCAUCCCCUGCCGACGACGCCGAGGAGUCUGCAGUCGAAAACAAGACCCCUGAAUUCAAAAUCUUCCUGCUCAAGUAUUUCUUAAGCAUGGUUGUCGGAAUUACAUCUCUGUUCUGGGUGAUGUCGUACAAAACAAUCAAUUUGUGGCUCAGUGUUUUCUGCGCAUGUACCGAAAUUGGACGCGACAGCAAACGGAAGACUCUGGCUCAAGAUGUCCCGAUCAAGCAGCUGGGCAUCACAGCCAAUCCGGAAAUGGCGAUUCAAAUCAAAAACAUGACUAGCAAAGACGUUUCACCGUCGAGUAACGAGGACAACACUAACGGAGGACAAAUGCUGUUGAACAAGGCGCCCUCUCAUCCGAACAAUUACAAUCUGCAGCAGCAGCCGAACAGCAAUGCGAGCAUCCGAAUGAAAAACAUUAACGGGGGCUAUCCGCCAGUAAGCCAUAGUAGCAAAGAUCAGUGUUUCGUCUGAAACAAUCGCGCAAAACUUGAAUCAGACAAUAACUGAUAGCAUUAAAGUCUAUAGUUAGAAGCCAAAAAAGUGCGAAAAACUCACAGAUAAACUCAACUGAUGCAAAAACUCACAAAAAACUCGGAAACUGGAAAUUAAAAGGAUGACUUUUCCCGAAUAGCAGGGUACUUAGAACAGAAGUUCUUGAACUAAGAAGAACUUCUGAGUUGAUGAACAGACAAUAAUUCGAUUUAUGUUUAUUUUUGCUAGAAAACUGAAUUUCAUACAUUUCCUAAUUGUUUGUAUAAAAAAGUUUGAAUUGCAUUCGAACAAAGUAAAAGCUAUUAUAAUGGAUUUUGUUGCAUUUCAUUUGGUAAAUUCGUUAAUUGAUUUUGGAUGUAAUAAAUUUAUUCUGAUUUUUGGUUCAUAAUACUUGGUGAAGGAAUAUAAUUAGCUUUCAAAAUACGCUUUA